AUGAUUGCCAAAGCUUGCCUUGCAGAGGACUGGAGCACUGAGAGACCAUCCAAUGGAUUCCAGCUGGGGGAAGUCAUGCCUAUCCAAGCUGAUGUCAGCACUGGGAACCAUGUGGCUUUGAGGUGCUGUGUGGCCACUCUGAGCCCAGACAGGGACUCCUCCCCCUGCUAUGCUGUCAUUGACUUCAAUGGCUGCCUGGUGGAUGGGAGAUCAGGUGACAUCCCCUCAGCCUUCAUAUCCCCCAGGUCCAGACAGGACACACUGCAGUUCAUGGUGGAUGUGUUCAGGUUUGCAGGAGAUGCAAGAAAUUUGAUUUAUAUCACCUGCUAUCUGAAAGUCACUGCAGCUGAGCAAGCCCCAGAUUCCUGGAACAAGAUUUGUUCCUUCAACAAAGCAGGCAACAUGUGA